CUACAAGCCACGCACUUUCAUCAAACAAACACCUCAAACCUUUCUUCCUACAAACAAUCAACAUGGGUCUUUUCCACCACCACCACGAGAACCAGCACGGCCCUGGCGGCCAUGAAGGCCCCCACGGCGGUCCUCAGGGCGGUCCUGGAGGUCCUGGCGGCCCUCACGGCGGUGGCCCUGGUGGUCCUCAUGGCGGUCCCGGCGGUCCCGGCGGCCCUGGAGGAUUCGGUGGUCCUCAUGAAGGUCCUGGUGGCCACGGAGGCCCUCACGGCGGCGGCCACGGCGGCCCUGGUGGUCCCCACGGCGGUCCUGGCGGCCCCGGUGGUCCCGGUGGCCCUCACGGAGGUCCCGGCCGUUUCUAAAGCCCUGACGGACUACAACUCGAGUUCCGCAGAUGAUCGAUCGUGCAACCAUUCGAGCGAAGUGAUAUAUUGCAUUAAGUCAUGUUGGAUAUGAUUGAAGUUUUUGUGUAUAUACCAUGGUCGUGAUAUCAUAAUGAUACGUACUCAUUGAGAAAUGAG